AUGUCGGACAAGAAGAACGAGGACUAUGAACUCCGCAAGAACGACUCGUUCGGCGGAGAGAAAGAUGGCUUCCUUUCCCAGCGCCCACCUCCGAGGCCAAGGUCCAACUUGGCCUCGCCUUUGAGCAAGAUCGACAACAGCCCUGGUGUUUCCAUUCUGGCGUACUGUUUUUCCUCCAUCAGCAUGACCGUCGUCAAUAAGUACGUCGUCUCCGGCCAGUUCUGGAACUUGAACUUCUUCUACCUAGCCAUUCAGUCAAUCGUCUGUAUCCUCACCAUCCUCGUGUGUAAGAACCUUGGAAUGAUCACGAACUUGGCCCCCUUCGAUACGAACAAAGCGAAGAAGUGGUUUCCCAUUGCGAUUCUCCUCGUUGGCAUGAUUUACACGGGUACCAAGGCCCUUCAAUUUCUCUCUGUACCAGUCUACACUAUCUUCAAGAAUCUCACGAUCAUCGUCAUUGCAUACGGCGAGGUCUUGUGGUUUGGCGGCAGCGUCACCCCUCUCUCCCUCCUGUCGUUUGGUUUGAUGGUUCUCAGUUCCGUUGUUGCCGCGUGGGCUGAUGUCCAGCACGCUUUGGGUGGUGGCUCGCAUACUGCUGAGGCUUCGGCUGCCGUCUCAACCCUCAACGCUGGAUAUGCCUGGAUGGGAAUGAACGUCUGCUGCACCGCGGCCUACGUCCUAGGCAUGCGCAAAGUUAUCAAGAAGAUGAACUUCAAGGAUUGGGACACUAUGUUCUACAAUAAUCUGUUGACUAUCCCAGUCCUCAUCGUCUGCACGCUCUUGACCGAGGACUGGUCUUCAGCCAACGUCGCCAAGAAUUUUCCCACUGAGUCGCGCAACAGCCUCUUUAUUGGCAUGAUCUACUCCGGUCUCUGCGCUAUCUUCAUCUCAUACUGUUCGGCUUGGUGUAUUCGCGUGACGUCCUCGACGACGUACUCGGUCGUCGGCGCGCUGAACAAGCUUCCUAUCGCCAUCAGUGGGCUAGUCUUCUUUGACGCACCGGUCACUUUUGGCAGCGUGUCUGCCAUCAUCAUCGGAUUUGUCAGUGGUAUCGUCUACGCUUGGGCGAGAAUCCGACAGACGGAAGCUUCCAAGAUGUCUCUGCCGACAACACAACCCAUGAGUGCUAGCUCUCAGAGCAACAAGGACGCCAACUCAUAA